AUGAUAAUUUAUGGAACUUUUGAUGAAAAGUUUAGAAACCAUAAUAUCAAUAUCAAACCUUUUUAAAUUGAUAUUUCACCAAAUAGUACAAUAGAAGAGUUGAAAGUAUAUGAUUGCAUAAUGUAACUAAAUUAGAUAUUAAUUACUCUCUAAUUCACAAACUUGUCUUUGGAAGAUUUUGAUGUGCUCAAUUGUUAAAGAAGAAGAUUAAAUGUAUCUGAUUCAGUUCAAGCCCUUUAUUCAGAAAGAUAAGAUGUUAUUUAAAUUUUUGUAACCAAUUCUAGCAAUUUAAAUGUCAAAUGUUGCUACAUUAUGUGA